AUGACGCUGGAGCCUGCCAGGAACAGCAGUGCAGUCAGUGAUGUAGAUCACCAAAAAGCUGACUGGGUCAGUAUCCACAAGGAGAUAUGCCAGCUGCUGAUCCCCAUCCAAACACCCCUCCCUUUCCUCCUGACUGAAAAUGAAAGAAAACAAAGGAGGGAACAGCUGGUGGAGAGACAGAAACACGUCCUGGGCCUGGUGCAGAGGAGAGCCCAGGGGCUGGUUUGGGAGGGCAGACACCCAGAAGCCAUCCCUGCAGCCCUGCAGGCCGUGAGGUUGGGUGCUGAGGUGCAUGGCUCGGAUUCUGUGCAGUUGGUGCCCUCUUAUCUGCUCUUGGCCGAAGCCUCCACUGGUGCUGGCUGCCUUCAGGAGGCAUCCAAGUACCUGUCCCAGGCUGAGUGGAUCGUGCUCAGCACCCCAAGCUGCAGCGAUGCCGUUCGGUCUCAGGUACAACGUGCUCUGGGGCUCUUCUGUGUUGCAGAAGGAAACCUUGACCAGGCUUUACACCACCUGGCAAAUGAUGUCUACCUGGCCAGCUCUACCUUUGGCCUGAGGUCUCUGGAGGUCUCUGGAGGGUAUUUCCACAUGGCCAAUAUUUUCUCUCGCCAGAACAAACUGGACAUUGCAAACUCCCUCUAUACUGAGGUGACUGCCAUCUGCCAUUCCUGGCUGCUGAGCCUGGUGCAGGCCCAGGAGCAGAUCCUCCAGGCAGAACCGGAAACGUCUCCGUUUGCCGAGGACCGGGAAGUCAGCGGAGACCAGAUGAGUGAAGCCCAGCAGGAAGAGGCAGCCCGGGUGCUGGGGGUGGUGCUGGGGGUCAGGGAACAGGCACCAAAGCAACAACCUGGGGAAACCUCCCGAGUCCUGCACGCCCUGGCCAUGCUGUGGUACCUGAGCAGGGAUUUCUCCAAGGCUCGUGAGAUGGGGCUGAAAGCCUUGGACCUGGUGAAACAACUGCCCCACCAGGAGUCUCUAGAACACAUUGGUCGUUUGUUGAAGUUGAUUAACUCCCAGCCUUCCUGCACGAAAUAA